AUGAAGGUACUCGUGGUAGUAUUGUCUCUCACUGCAUUGUGCUCGAGUGCACCAUAUGACAGUAUCCCGGGGGACAAUAGCGACUACAUCGAAGGUGUAAGCCGCUACAUAUGGAUACCUGAUGGUGAAGGCGUUCCUCAACUGGUAGACCUUGAAGAACCAGUUGACACGGAACUCCUCAAUAGUAGAAAUGGUGCUAACAAUCAAUACUGGCUGUUUACCAGGCGUAAUCCCACCAGUGCUCAAAUAAUCCAAAACGGUAACGUUAAUUCAAUUCGCAAUUCCAACUACAACGGUAACCGUCCAUUGAAAGUCAUUGUUCAUGGUUGGAACAGCAACGGAAACUCGGAAGUAAACCCUCUGGUCAGAGACGCUUUCUUGGCAGUGCAAGAUGUGAACGUAAUCGUUGUUGACUGGCGAGCUCUGGCAAACUCUAACUACGUCACCGCCGCCAAUGGAGUACCCGGUGUUGGACAGUUCCUCGGGAACUUCUUGAUCUGGCUCCUCAACAAUGGCGGUGGCAAUUGGAAUAACGUCCACCUGAUAGGCUUUAGCUUGGGCGCGCACGUCGUCGGCAACGCUGGCCGUACCGCUGGAGGCAGGCCAAGACGUGUUACUGGUCUCGACCCAGCUGGACCUCGUUGGGGUGGUAACAACCAAGCCUUAAACCGCAACUCUGGAGUAUACGUCGAGUGCAUCCACACUGAUGGUGGGCUCCUGGGUAUUUUCGAUCCAAUCGGCGACACCGAUUUCUACCCCAACGGUGGCAGGAAUGCUCAACCCGGUUGCUGGAUCAGCACUUGCUCCCACAGCCGUGCCUACCAGCUAUACGCCUCCAGUGUGCGCACAAAUCAUUUUGUUGGCAGACGGUGCAAUAACUUGAACCAAGCUCAGAACAACCAAUGCUCAGGCGCUACACUAAACAUGGGCAACGGAAUCUUAAACAAAUCUGGAACUGGUCUUUACGGCCUAAGGACCGGUGACAGAUGGCCAUUC